AUGUCCAGUGGGGGUAGGUUUAAUUUUGACGAUGGAGGGUCCUACUGCGGAGGCUGGGAGGACGGCAAGGCGCACGGCCAUGGCGUCUGCACCGGCCCCAAGGGCCAGGGCGAAUACACCGGCUCGUGGAGCCACGGCUUCGAGGUGCUGGGCGUCUACACCUGGCCCAGCGGCAACACGUACCAGGGCACCUGGGCACAGGGCAAGCGCCACGGCAUCGGCCUGGAGAAGAAGGGGAAGUGGGUGUACAAGGGCGAGUGGACGCACGGAUUCAAGGGGCGCUACGGGGUGCGGGAGUGCACGGGCAACGGGGCCAAGUACGAAGGGACCUGGAGCAACGGGUUGCAGGACGGCUACGGCACGGAGACCUACUCGGAUGGAGGGACGUACCAGGGCCAGUGGGUUGGUGGCAUGCGCCAGGGCUACGGUGUGCGGCAGAGUGUCCCCUACGGCAUGGCAGCAGUCAUCCGCUCACCCCUGAGGACAUCCAUCAACUCUCUGCGCAGUGAGCACACCAACGGCACGGCGCUGCACCCGGACGCCUCCCCGGCGGUGGCCGGCAGCCCGGCCGUGUCCCGGGGGGGCUUCGUGCUCGUGGCGCACAGCGACUCCGAGAUCCUCAAGAGCAAGAAGAAGGGGCUGUUCCGGCGCUCGCUGCUGAGCGGGCUGAAGCUGCGCAAGUCCGAGUCCAAGAGCAGCCUGGCCAGCCAGCGCAGCAAGCAGAGCUCCUUCCGCAGCGAGGCGGGCAUGAGCACCGUCAGCUCCACGGCCAGCGACAUCCACUCCACCAUCAGCCUGGGCGAGGCCGAGGCCGAGCUGGCCGUCAUCGAGGAUGACAUUGAUGCCACCACCACCGAGACCUAUGUGGGUGAGUGGAAGAAUGACAAGCGAUCGGGCUUCGGCGUGAGCCAGCGCUCGGAUGGGCUCAAGUACGAGGGCGAGUGGGCCGGCAACCGGCGGCACGGCUACGGCUGCAUGACCUUCCCCGACGGCACCAAGGAGGAGGGCAAGUACAAGCAGAACGUGCUCGUCAGCGGCAAGCGCAAGAACCUCAUCCCGCUGCGGGCCAGCAAGAUCCGCGAGAAGGUGGACCGGGCCGUGGAGGCGGCCGAGCGGGCGGCCACCAUCGCCAAGCAGAAGGCUGAGAUUGCGGCUUCCAGGACCUCCCACUCGCGGGCCAAGGCCGAGGCGGCCCUCACGGCAGCACAGAAGGCCCAGGAGGAAGCACGGAUCGCCAGGAUCACUGCCAAAGAGUUCUCACCUUCCUUCCAGCACAGGGAAAACGGGCUCGAGUACCAGCGGCCGAAACACCAGAUUUCCUGUGACGACAUCGAGGUGCUCUCCACCGGGACACCCCUGCAGCAGGAGAGCCCAGAGCUGUACCGCAAAGGCACCACCCCUUCCGACCUGACCCCUGACGACAGCCCCCUGCAGAGCUUCCCCGCCAGCCCCACGACCACCCCACCCCCUGUCCCCGCCUCCAGGAACAAGGUCGCCCACUUCUCCCGGCAGGUCUCAGUGGAUGAGGAGCGGGGCGGGGACAUCCAGAUGCUCCUGGAGGGCCGGGGAGGGGACUAUGCCCGCAACAGCUGGGGCGAGGAGAAGGCUGGGGGCUCCAGGGGCGUCCGCAGCGGCGCCCUCCGCAGCGGUCAGCCCGCAGAGGACUUCCGCUCCCGGGGCUCGGGCCACAAGCAGCCCGGGAACCCCAGGCCCCGGGAGCGGCGGACGGAGUCCCCCACCGUGUUCUCGUGGACUUCCCAUCACCGGCCCAGCAACCACAGCUGCGGGAGCACCAGGCUGCUGGAGCCGGACGAGGAGCGGCUGAGCAACUACAGGCUGGAGAUGAAGCCCCUGCUGAGGAUGGACGCCUACGCGCCUGAGCCGCAGCCCCAGAAGAGGCGCUACGGCAAGGGGGGUGCCUGCCGGGGCUUGGGGGAGGACCACCGUCCCGAGGACCGGGGCUUUGGGGUGCAGAGACUGAGGUCAAAGUCCCAGAAUAAGGAGAACUUCCGGCCAGCCUCCUGCACAGAGCCCACAGUGCAGAAACUGGACAGCCUGCGGCUGGGGGAUCGAGCCGAGCCCCGGCUGCUGCGCUGGGACCUGACCUUCUCCCCGCCCCAGAAGUCCCUGCCUGUUGCACUAGAGUCCGACGAGGAGAACGGGGAUGAACUCAAGUCCAGUGCGGGCUCGGCGCCUAUUCUGGUAGUCAUGGUGAUCUUGCUCAACAUUGGAGUCGCCAUCUUGUUCAUUAACUUCUUCAUCUGA